UUCUGCAUUUAUUAUUCUUCGAGUUCCAUCGCAGCCGCACAAAAUAUGGCCGCACGUUAAUUACAAUUUAAGUAAAUUGCGUUAAAAUAAGCAAAUCAAUAAGAUAACCAAUAUAAACAGCUAAUCGGAAGUUGUGUGUACAAAAUACUAACAGAGUUCAACAAUUAAAUUUAAGUAUAUAUAAUUAGUUCAUAAUUGAGUACGGUGAAGUGAAAAGUCUGGUCGGCAUAGAAAAGAGAAUUGUGAAAAGUUCAUCAAAGAAACAAGAAAAAAAGAAACCGAGCUGCAAAUCCAAGGUAAAAGAAGGGCGAAAUUCAGUUCACAUAAUAAAGAAAGUGCAAAUUCGAAAUCAAUAAAAGAGCAAAAUCAAUUGGAAAAUAUGCAGUGAAGUAGGUGGAAAUUUUGUAAAACAAAAGAAGUGUGGGAAAAAAAACGUGUGAGAAUAAUCGUUUUCGGAGCUUUUUCCAUACAACGUCACCGAAAAAGUUGUUGCAGCAAAAAUUUGUCGUCCGACUGGAGAAGCAACAACUAACUAUCUUCUUGGCGGGUUACAAUCAGAAGCGGCAGCAGGAUUGCGAAAGGCCGACGUCUGGUCUGUCUUCUCUGUUGAGUAAACAAUACUGUAACGACGGCAACAAUUUUGCUCAGCAUUGUGUGUCAGAGCCACUACCAGCUGUUAAUACACCCAGCAAGUAUUACGAUUUAAUAAGUCUUAUUUAACGAAGUUGCACAUAUCUACAAAACGACAAUAUGCAGCAUCAUGCACAUGUGGCACGUACAGCACCUCCCCACUUGCGUGCCCACCACAUGGCUGUGCCACCGCCGCAUACACAAACACAGCCCCAUAUGCCGCCAUUGAGUUUGGCACAUGUGCCACCGCCACCAACCGGACAACAACAACAACAGCAGUCGAGUCAGCAAAAGCAGUCACAACAUCUUAGUAAUGGUCCUGCAAACGCUGGCACUGCUGCAGUGAGCACAGGCUCGUCCAUUGCCGCGGCGUCACAUGUACGCGAUCAUCAUACAGCACGUCUGAAUCAACAACCAUUGCAACAACAUCAGCAGCAUCCCUCAUCUAUGCACAGCAGUACGCAACUGCAAAAGCUACGACAGCAACAUCAGCAUAUAAACAAUAACAACAAUAAUAAUAAUAGUACAAACAAGAACAACUAUCAUCAUCAUCAAGGGUCGCAAUACAAUAACAACACUAGCAAUACGCCCGGCAAUGCGUUGCCAGUGCAAGCAGCAAUACAACAGCAACAACAAUCGAAGCAAAGCGCACAGGUGCCACAUCAUACGUCGCGACAUCACCAGCAGCAGCAGCAUCAGCUGCAUCAUCAACAACAGCCGCAGCAACAACAGCAACAAGCAACACAACAAUUACAGCAUAAGCAUACAGUGGCACCAAUGCCACCACAGCAGUCUCACGGACAUGUGAAGCAUCAACAGCCAUUGCAACACCAACAAACACAACCACAACAAACAGUACAAACCGCAAAUCUGGUUAUUGCAAAGAAUGUUAUAAACACACAUGUACCACCACCGGCGCUAACGCAGCCACAACAUCUACAACAACAACAACCACCACCUACGACAUUGAAUUACUACACUGCCGGCAACACACAAACCAGCAGCAAUAAUGUGCAUAAGUCUAAGUACAACAACAACAAUAAUAGCGUUGCUGCCGUUAGUGGUGGUGGGAGUGGUGUUGGCAGUGGCAUACCACCAAAAACAAUAUUGCAAAAUCCAAAUCGCGUGCUGAAGGCGCGUGUGCACUCCAGCUCUGCAGCGAAUAAUGUUGAAGUGAACACUGUAAGAGCUGCGGAGGGCGUAGAGGAAACUCAUAAAGCCGCCAAGAGCGGUGGCAACAUUGCUGGCAGCACCACAGAGACAGUCGUAAGUGAGAUUGUUGUUAAUCACGUAACCGCAGCCGUUGCCGAGAGCACAAACAGGCAUGAGAGUCUUCAAAAUGUGCCGAGCACUGGACAAGCAGAUGCUUCCUCCAUAGAUGCUAAUAAGGAGAAUAUGAUUAGUGCAACACAAAAUUCAAAUACAAACAAUGAGGUGAGCAGCAGCUCUACGGUGAACAGCAAAAACAAUAUUUUGUCUAAUGAAGACAACACAGUGCCGAAAAAUUCGAAGGAGAAGACACCAAUGUGCUUGGUCAAUGAAUUAGCGCGUUACAAUAAGAUCACACAUCAAUAUCGCUUAACCAACGAAAAGGGACCAGCGCAUUGCAAGCGUUUCACAGUCACACUGAAGCUGGGUGAGGAAGAGUAUUCAGCUGAAGGUUUCAAAAUAAAGAAAGCGCAACAUUUAGCCGCUGCGGAGGCUAUUGAAAAGACUAAAUACAAGCACCCAGUGCCGAAGGUGAUACGUCGUGGUACCGAUGGGGAGGGGAGUUCGUCGCGUGCCAAUAUCACGCCCACAGUGGAAUUGAAUGCGCUCGCCAUGAAAUUGGGUCAACAGACAUAUUACCUGCUCGACCCACGUCAGGUUGGACCGAACGAUGGCAUGGGACCACCACCACCAGAUGCUAUGAUGGCACAGCGUUUUAAUGUGCCGCCGCCACCACCACCACAUACGCUGCCACCGCACGCCAUGACCGGUGGUCCUAUGCUACCGCAGCAUCCACCACCGCAUGUGCGCAUGAUGGAUCCGGCAUAUGCGCGUCGUAACAGUCCGUAUGCAGCAGCACCGCCACCACAACCGCAGAUGCACGGCCAUCCCGCUGGCGGCUCAGUUAUGCGUCCACGUUAUGGCGCGCCAGCACAGCGUGCAUAUAUGCCUAAAUAUAAUCAACAGCAACGUUAUCCCCUAAUGGCGCCACCACCUAUGGCUGGUGGUCCACAUAACGGUAUGCUUCCACCUCCGCCUUUGACACAUCCCCAGCACCCACAUCAUGGUGCAAUGCAGCACCGUUAUGGCAUACCUGCUCCAUUGACCAAAGUGACGCUAGUCGUGGGCAAGCAGAAGUUUGUAGGACUGGGGCGCACAUUGCAGCAAGCCAAGCAUGAUGCCGCGGCGCGUGCCUUGCAAGUGCUCAAAACACAGGCGGCCACACAGCUCAAUGAGGAGCUCAACAGUAGUCUGGAUGAGAGCGAUAACAAAUCGCCCAUUUCGCUGGUUUAUGAGAUCGGCAUACAACGCAGCCUAACGGUACACUUUAAGGUGCUACGCGAAGAUGGUCCAGCGCAUAUGAAGAAGUUCGUAACAGCUUGCGUGGUGGGCACCAUAGUGACGGAGGGUGAGGGCAACGGUAAGAAGAUCUCGAAGAAGCGUGCGGCAGAAAAGAUGCUCGAAGAACUGAAGAAACUACCACCACUAACCCCCACUAAGUCACCCAUAAAGCGUAUCAAAGUGAAAACGCCCAGUAAAGCGACAGUCGCUGCUGAUGCCGCUGCAGCCGGUGGUGGCAAGUUCAGUGGCGGCGUUGGUGAGCGCCGCAAACGUGGCAGCAGUUCGAUCAGGGAGAAGACUGAUGCUGAUACUGAGGGAGAGAACCCCAUCACACGGCUCAUACAAUUGCAACAAAAUCGCAAGGAGAAGGAGCCCGUUUUCGAGUUGAUAGCGAAAAACGGCAAUGAGAACUCGCGCAGACGCGAAUUCAUCAUCGAGGUGACGGCGCACGCCAUGGUGGCACGAGGCACCGGCAACAGCAAGAAGCUGGCCAAGCGCAAUGCAGCACAAAAUUUGCUUUUGGCUAUGAGCGAAAAAGACCAGGCCACUGCGGAAGUGAAAUCCACCUCAGCGCUACCUUAUGCACAGUCUGCAGUUGCUGUGGAAUCACCAAUAACUACGAACGCAGCAGUCAGCAAAGAGCAAACCAAUACAGUAUUGCAGCCAAGUGUUGAAGCAGCGGCAGCGCCAGCAGUCGUUUCUGCUGCCGCGGCUGUCACAGCUGAUGGUCACAUUGACGUGCCACUUGUGUCCACCACCGCUGGGCAAGUGCCAGGCAUACUAAUACUGCGUCACAACAAGAAAAAUGCCACAAAGAAAAAAGAAAUCGUGUUGAGUACCACAACACGUCUACCGGUGGUUGAGGAAAUUGACAACAAGCAAGAAGAAUUACCAGUUGCCGCCACACCAGUCGACACGCAAACGGCACCAGCAGCAGUCGCCAGCAAUGCAGUCAAUACUGAUAGCCAAGUUGUAGCUCCCGCAAGCGUUAAACCGGCUGCUGAUACAACUGUCACACCGGCUGUCAGCGAGGCCUCAACUGCCGCUAGCAGCGUCGCAGCAACAAACAGUAGCGUGCCGAAGUCAAAACCGGCAGGCGUGCACACGAAAGAUCAAUUGCUGUAUCUGGCGAAAUUGUUGGGUUUUGAGGUGAACUUUUCCGAUUUUCCAAAAGGAAAUCACAGCGAAUUCUUAACAAUCGUCACGCUUUCAUCGAAUCCACCGCAAAUCUGUCAUGGCAUGGGCACAAGCGCUGAGGAAUCUCAAAACGAUGCUGCUCAAAAUGCAUUAAAAUUACUUAGCAAAUUAGGCUUGAAUAAUGCGGCGAAUUAAACUCAAAUCACUUAAAAAAAUAAGAGUCAUAUGGUCAAAUAUUAUAUUUUGUAGUUGAGCGGAAAUUCAAAUUGAAUUUUUGGGCGACAAAAUCUAUAUAAGUUAUGGAGUGUCUUUCAAUGGACAACAACAACAAAAGUGUAUAUCAAUAUUAUUUGGUAAAAACAACAAAAAACCGAAAAGUAUUGCAUAAUAAAUUAAUUAACAACAAAAAGUUUAAUAAGAAAAAAGUCAUUAAAUUAGAAGAAGAAAAAAAUGCAAACUCAGAACAAUAUGUGCAACAAAAACAAAGUCUUAACAAAUUAUACAAACACACAAAUAGGAACAAUGCUGUUACAUAUCUACUACUAUGUUUUGUUAACAUAUACAUCCACACAUACAUGUAUGCUGAGCGUUGUGCUGCAUUUGUUUAAUUUAUUUACUUUACCGUAAUUUUGUUAACUUUAUGCUUAGUCAAAUUUGUUGUUAAACGCUUAGGCGCACAUAUUUUGUUUUCAUUUACAAAAGAAUAAUUCUGGUAAAGGUGCACUGCUGCUUUCCGAUUUACUGUUACUAUUAUUUGCUAUAUAAUUGAAUGUUAAAGUGAAAAAAAAUUAUUACAAUUUGUUUAUAUUAUCUUAUUUUAUAAAAAAGCUAUGAAAUUCCUAGCUUCUAUUAUUUGUGUUCAUUGGGUUGUCAGUUAAAAAACAAAACAAUAUUUAUUCAUUAAGCUUUAUAUGAAAAUUAUAAAAUUCUGUUGCACGCAAACAUAAAUUGAAUAAACGCUAGCCAAAACAAUUUUUUGAUUGUAUAUAAUAAAAAAAAAGUUUAAAUCUUCAAGGCAAGUCAUUUAAAAAACGUUUUUGAGAUACUAAGAACAUUUAACGUGCUGAAAUUGUCGCAAAACAAGUGAGAGACUCUAAAAUUUUGUGGUUUUUCAAGAAAUUCAUAACUGUAAGCGCUAAACCGCGCGACUUAAAUUUAAUUGCUGAACCACAAGUGUUGUUGUGAAAGUGCUGAUUACUUUGAGACUUAAUAAGAAACCGCAUUUUUGCAAGCGAUUGGAAGAUUCGGCACACAAUUUUGCACGCAAGAAUGUUGGAUGAAAGCUUAAAAGCUGAACUAAAUAAAUUAUUAUAAAUAAUAUAACUAAUUAAUGUUAGAAGUAAAAUGGAAGAAGCAGAAAAAAAAUUACAAAACUCGCAGAAUGUAAAAAUAAGAAAAGAAAAAAAAAAACAAAAACAAAUUGUAACAUGUGGUCGUAUUUUGAUUGUGUAUUAAAAAUAAAUAUAAAAAUUUGAAAUUAAUUGGUGAGUUGUUGCGGCUAAUUGCGCAACGGUUGAGUUGAAAACGCACAUACAUAUGUAUGCAUAUGCAUGCAAGUGCUGGUAAUUUGAAAUUUUUAAUUUAUUUUUAGAUGAAAUAUAAAAUAUUACGUACAUAUAUGAAAUAUUUGGCAGCAACAAAAGUAAGGAAACAAAAACAAAAUAAAUUACAAUCAAUGCAACAGCAAUAUACAUUUGCUGCUUGUGUUGAUUCUAAAAUUAAAUUUACAAAAAAAUUAAAAUAAAAAUAUUUAAUAAAUUAAAAUUGAAAAAAUAAUUUAAUAAAUUAAAAUUGAAAAAAAAAAUAUUUAUUAAAUGAAAAUUGAAAUUAUAAAAAAAUAAACAAGUAUUUAAUGAAUAAAAAAAUUGAAAUUAUAUCACUUAAUGCGCACGCAUUAAAUAAAAAUUUUUGAAAUUAUAUUUUACUUGGUUGAUGGAACUCGUCGUAAUAAUGAACAAACCACUAAACAAAUUUAAUUAAUUAUUAUUAAGUAAUAAAUAAAUAACGAGCUGUUGCACUUAAGGCGUAAAUUUAAUUUAUAAACUGCUUAUAGGCGUAACAACCACAACAAAACACUUACUAACUAUUAAUAUAUACAUAUGCAUAAAAUAUCACAUGAAAAAAAUCGACAAUAGCGUAUUUGUAACAACAUGCACGAAAAUGGAAAUUAAUGCGCUAUAGGUUAUUUAUAAAUUAAAUGUCACUGGCGGAUCAUAAUACAAAACACGCUAAGUACAUUGGUCCGCUGCCCUGUAGUACCCUUCAUGGUUGCCAAUUUUAAUGAGGCGCACACUCACGUUUGUUACGCCACUUCGACUUGAAACUGACGACUUGGAGGCGUGUACUUAGUUGUAUUUCUACUGCAUAAUACAUAUUAUUUAUUUAUCUACUACCGCUGCAUGGACAAUUCAUAAUAAAUUGCGCGGUGUUUGGAAGGAAAGUGUGUUUUUUUGUUAAACAUUUCACAAUUUCGCUUUAAAUCAUUUAAUUAACUUAGUUUUCAAAGUUGUAAUGUCUCGAAAAAUUAUUACUUAUGAUUUGCUUAUGCAAAUUUUGCAACAGUAUGCCGUUGCCACCGCGCUCACACCUUAUUAUGGGUUGUCCUGUGGCCAUUUUUCUUUAGUUUUAAGUAAACAUUGUAGAAAAUUUGGUUGUUUUACCUACAUUAAAUAAAAAAAUAUGAAUUAAUGCUUUCAGUAAAUUACUCAAUGCAUUUUUAUGUUUGUUAAUAUUUUUUCCAAAUUUAUUAUGCUUUCAAUAAAGAAAAUUAAAUUCAAUUUGUGGAAAAAUUAUUAUUUUUAAAUAAUAUUUCAUUGCAAUACACAUUGUGGCAUGCGUUUAAAAUGAACUGUGCAUCAAAUAAAUAUAUGGAUUAUGCUGUUAAUUAAAAAAAAAAAAAAACAAAAAAAGACAAAAAUGCAAUAAAAGUAUAUUUAUAAAAGGUAAAAUGAUUUUUGCGAAAGUUGUGAGACAUUUAAAAAAUAUGGAAGAAACUUUCCAUUUCAACAAAAAUCCUAUACUAUUAUUAAAUAGUUUAAAAUAAAAAAUAUAAAUAUUAAAUAAAGGAAAACAACAGCAAACUUCUUAAAAUACGAAUGAAAAUUGUAAAAAUAUUUUUGAAAAAUAAUAAUAAUAAACUGCCCUUAUAUAUGGUACAUUCAUGUGUAUUUCGUUGCUUUGCAUAAUAUAAUUACAGUUUUGCUAAGGUAUAAGAGUGUGGAUUUUAUGUGGAAAUCGUUUAAUAAAGCGUAUACAGAUUUAAAUAUUUUAUUUUUAAAUUUCAACGCUAAUUUAAUGUGUUGCUCAAAGUUUGGUUAGGAUCGCCGAUUAAAAUGAAAAUCGAUAAAUAAUUAAAAAUUAUCGAUAAUUAUAUUUAUAUAUUUUCAAUAAUUAAGACAAAAUUUAUAUAGAAGUGUUUACAGUCCUAAGGGUGAUUUCCGAAGAAUCGUCUAGGAAUGCUCUAGCUCUUUUUAAAACAUUAUAAGGUCAUAUAUCGACAGUAAAAUUCGAUAACAAGUCGAUUAAUGUAUUUUAUUUAUCGAUUUCUACAUUUUUAGAUCAGCUUAGAUCUAAACAGUUUCCAAUGAUACCCGCGGAAUCUGUGGGUCACAUUUAUUGUGCCUAUAAUAGGAAGUUAGCGAGAAAUUGAGAAUUUUAAAAUACUUCGUAGUUAUUUUUUUAAUAGGUGGAGUUUGUAUAAGAAUAACCCUAUAAUUUCAGAAUAAAAAUUCUACAUUCAAAAUACAUUUUUUGUAUAACUUUUUUCUCAUUAAUUUAUUUUGCAAAUAUACAUAUAUACAUGUAUGGCUUUGUGCUUAUUGCAAUAAAUAUAAUUUUUGUUAAUAUAAAUUUUUGCGGGGGGGAAAUCUUAGAACUAGAUGUUUUGUAUAAAUUUUUAAGUUAUCAUUAGUAAAGCUAGCACAUAAAUUAAAUUGUAAAGCGAAAAAAUAUAUAUGUCUUAUGUCUUAGAAACAUAUGCAAAUUAUCAAAAUAUUUCUUAUUU